CCCCUGUCCCCGAGUUGUGAACCACGUAAGGUUUCGUUCUUCCUCGCAGUGGGCUGUGGUGAUGUGCUGUGAUCGCAAGCUUCUGGUGAUAUGAGUGCUGUGUGCACGAUAUAUAGGUCUUCGUGGUGAACUGACUGCGUGUGAACUGUAAAAUCUCAUACUUCUCGAAUACACACCUUUAUGGUUCCCUCGAUCUCCUGACUUCACGGUGUUUUUCCAGCAUCGGACUGUAGUGUCAGCCUGUGGCAUAGUGCUGCGUGUCCAACAUGGCGCCCAGCCGCUUCAGGUGCUUGGCACAGGAGCCCAUUAAAUAUCCCAUCGACAUGAACCAUCAGUCCGACGUCUUGAAAGGACCAGAAAUGAUCCGGGUAUCCAAGUUCUACAAGGAUUCAAAAGAUGGAAAGUUCAUCAGCUACCUGGAUAAGGACACAAGGACACUGUAUGAAACAUUCAGGAAUGGUGCUAAGGAGUCAAAUAAUGGACCAUGCCUUGGCUGGAGAGAAUCUCCAAACAAACCGUAUCAGUGGCUACAUUAUAAUGAGACAUUACUUCGAGCCAAAAAUUUUGGCUCUGGACUUGUGGCUCUAGGUCUCAAGCCAUCUCCCAACACAUAUGUUGGUAUCUACAGUCAGAACUGUCCUGAAUGGAUUCUCACAGAACAGGGUGCAUAUUGCUACUCCAUGGUGAUUGUGCCCCUUUAUGACACAUUAGGACCUGAUGCGUGUGCCUACAUUAUCAAGCAAGCGGAAAUCCACGUGGUAAUCUGUGAGGAUGACACGAAAUGUAAUCUACUGUUAGACAAAUCUCCUCGUUGUCUGCGCAAACUGAUUACCAUCAAGGAGACCCGACCAGCCACAAACCAGAGGGCCAAAAACAGAGGGGUGGAAAUGCUGCGCUUUGAGGAUGUGGAGAGGCUUGGAGCAGCCAAGGACAAUCCAGAAGUGCCUCCAAAAGUGACAGAUCUCUGCACAAUCUGUUACACAUCAGGGACAACAGGAAAUCCUAAGGGCGUUAUGUUGAGUCAUGAAAAUGUGGUAGCAGGGAUGUGCGCUGUAAUACUGCAACUUGGCGACCACAGACCCCGUUCUGAUGACAUUAUGAUGUCAUUCCUACCACUGGCACAUAUGUUGGAGCGGUGUUGUGAGAAUGGAAUGUACCUGUUAGGAGGAGCAGUGGGGUUCUUCUCUGGUGAUAUCAAGAGGUUAUCUGAAGACAUGAAGGCUCUUCGCCCCACAAUGAUGCCAGCAGUUCCACGCCUACUGAACAGAAUUUACGACAAAGUAAUGACAGAAAUCAGUGGGUCCUUCAUCAAAAGAACACUCUUCAACAUGGCCUUGAGUGCAAAGGAGAGUGAAAUUAGGAAGGGCAUAAUUCGAAGUAAUAGUUUCUGGGACAAACUGGUAUUCAGGAAAGUGCAAGAAGGGAUGGGUGGCCGAUUACGUCUCAUGGUGGUUGGCUCAGCACCUCUGGCAGGCAAUGUUCUUACAUUUACUCGUUGUGCCCUUGGUGCUCUGGUAGUGGAGGGAUAUGGCCAGACAGAAUGCUGUGCUCCUGUAACACUCACCGUUCAGGGGGAUCAUGUUCCAGAGCAUGUGGGUCCCCCUGUGGCCUGCUGUUGUGUCAAACUGGUAGAUGUACCAGAAAUGGAGUAUUAUGCUGUCAAUGGACAGGGGGAGGUCUGUGUCAAGGGUACAAACGUCUUCCAAGGCUACUACAAGGAAGAUGAGAAAACUAAUGAGAUUAUAGAUGCAGGUGGUUGGCUCCACACAGGAGAUGUUGGAAUGUGGCUGCCUAAUGGAACACUAAAGAUAAUUGACAGGAAGAAACAUAUCUUUAAGCUGUCGCAAGGAGAAUAUAUAGUGCCUGAGAAAAUAGAGAACACCUAUAUUCGCAGUCAAUAUGUGCAGCAGGUGUUUGUGUGUGGGGAAUCUCUGAAGUCUUGUAUUGUUGCGGUGGUAGUGCCUGAUGUGGAUGUCAUUAAGAGCUGGGCAUGUGAGAACAGGAUUCCUGGUACAUUGUCUGUAUUAUGUGCUCAUCCUGAAGUGAAGCAGCUCAUCAUGGAUGACAUGAUUAGCUGGGGCAAGGAGGCUGGACUCAAGUCAUUUGAACAGGUAAAGGAUAUUUAUUUGCAUCCUGACCCGUUUUCGGUUCAGAAUGGACUGCUGACUCCGACGUUAAAAAGCAGACGACCUCAACUCAAGGCCUACUUCAAGCCUCAGAUUGAAGACAUGUAUACAAAACUGACUUAGAAAGAGAAUCUUGAUGUCCAUAACUGACAGUGUGACACCAUAAGUAUGCUUUGAUCAAUUUUCUACAACUUUUAUGAAUACACCCCCUUGUACUUGGAAGCAUACAUCUUAAAAGAAUUGUAGUGAAAUGAAAUUCAUGAAGUUAAAACUCGUCCAGUCCACACAGAUGAAUGAACUUGUACAUAUUAAUAAUCUCAUUUCUGUAUGAUCCCUUUAUCUUUUUUAAUUUGAAAGUUAUGUAUGUAAAUUACACAAGCAUCUAUGUGAAAAUGGUUCAAGGACAUUUUUGUUCUUUGUAAGAAAUAUGUUGAUUAUAGUUACAGCAAAGCCUGUGUUCUGAGUAACUGCUGGUUAACCGAAAAAUUUAUAAAAGAAAUAUUGAUUUAUUUUGUACUGUCUUUAAUUUUAGUGAGAACUGUCUACUUGUAAGUUACUGGACAAGUAUGAAGAGUGUUAUAUUGCAGAUUAUGUUCAUGUCAAGUGAAUUGUCAUGCCUCGGUGUGUUUAAACAGAAACUUUAACUGUGACUCUAUAUGUGAAAACUGGUUUGACUGCUGUAGUUCAUCAUAAUAAAAUCAUCUACUUCUUCAUGAUACAGGUGGUUUGGGUAUUUAAUAAUUGGAGAAGAACUGUAUUACUGGAAAAUGCAACAGUAGCCUCAAUUAGCAUGCAUGGACAGGUGUGAUGCAACUUUGAACAAGUCACAUGAUUGAGACAUUAGAUGUGCAAUGCAUUUUUAUAGAAUGGAUUAUUAUAAAACUGAUGUAGUUAGGUUCAGACAUACUACUUCUAUGGUACUGAACCAACAUAUCUCAUGUUUUCAUUAAAGUAAUGAGCCUUCUGUUGAUCACUGUGAAAGUUUCUGUUUGUUAUGUUCAUGUUAUGUUUAUCUGGGGUGAUCAUACUUGUUUAUCACAAAGUUAUAAUAAUUUCUUGAUAAAGUUUUGACAUAAACUUAGAGCAGGUUUUACUUUAAAUGUUUUGAAGAGAAGCAUGGUGUUUCUUGUCAGAAAUAGGAAGUAAGGAAGGAUAUUAAUGGUCACCUAAUCAUCAUUUAAUGAUUUAUUGUUCUUGCAAGUCUGGGUAUUGCAGAAAUGCAGUCAGUAUUAUUGACACUAGUUGUUAUUUGAAAGAAAUUUUAUUACUGUAAGUUCUGUCAUAAACAUUUUCAAUAAGAAAAAUAUAUUUAAUUAUGUGCGAGAAUAUUGGAAUGUGACAAGAGCAGGUCUCUGAAAGAAAUGGAGGCAAGGAAGAUGUUUCUGAAAGCAUUUUUUGUAAUCAUUGACAUACCCAAUUACCAAUGGAGUUCUGACCAUGGUAGAUAUCAUGUUAUUGAUUUUGCUGGGAGAGGAUAUAGCAAAAAUGAAAUUGUGUUUACUCUGAGACUUCGGACAAAUGAAUGUAUUUGCAGUAAUGAUAACAUUAAGUGACAAAGAACAAGCUUGUUGAAGAAACAUUUUUAGAUUCUGAUGACAUUGAAAGCAUAAAAGACCAUGCAAAUGUCUGAAUUGGAGUCUGAAAUAACAAGAAAAAUCUUUAGCAAAAAUUGGAUGAAAAUGGGGGGGAAAAUCUAGAUAGUUUUCUUUCUGUUUUGUACCAAAUUAAUAUUUCUUUUUCAGACUAGAGUUUGGGCUUGUAAAACAUUUAUCUGAAUUAUAAUAUAUAGCAAUUCAUGCAGAAUUUCUGAACAUAAAUUAUAAAAUGCAUAAUGAAAACACACAAUAGUUUUGCGUUUGUAAUGGAAGGAAGUCCACAAGAAUUUAGCCAUAGGAAGACACUUUAUUUUGUUCACUUAACUAUUUUCUGACGUAUCUUAUCUUCACCCUUUCUGAUUCCAUGUAUUAGAAAUCCUUAAUUAUAAUUGGUUUUCUUUGCCAAUUAAAACUGACAGUUGAAGGUAUUACAGGUACCAAAAUGACCCAACAAUUGGGACACGUUAUGGAUUGAUCAAAUAUAUGUGUUAAUGGGUCCAUCCUCACACGUAUUUGUAGGUUUUAUUAAUUUGUUAAUUAUACCACAACAUAUUUUUUUCACAGUAGGAAUAUCUUCAGGUGGAUACGUUAUAAUAGUUUAGGAUAUUAUUGGCUGUUAAGAAUAGUGUGGAUAUUAAUACAUAAUUACUAGUUAAAAUGGUUAAAAUUAACAUUGAAUAAAAUUAUUAAGGUUAAAAUUACUUCCACAAUAGAAUAUGGUAUUACUGACAAAAUUAUAUUACAAGGAUCCUUGUUUACAUAUUAGUGUAUAUGUAUAUAUUUAUAAUUAUUGGUUGAUGUUAUUUACUGUGUGGAUGGACCAAUUGUAUUAUUAUUUGGUAAUUAUAAGGUCAAUUAAGUUUAAUUCUUCAGAUGUUUUCUGGCAAGUAUUUAAAGUGUGUAGUCUUAAAGUAUAACAGAUUUUUAAACAAACUGUAGUUUUAAAGUCUCUGCAGGUGCCUUGCCACUAUUUAACAUGUAACCAGCGCUUAAAUUGUGAUGGAAUCAUCAAAUUCUCUUCUCCCAAAUCCAACCUGGGAUGUGAUCAGUUUGCUGACCUCAGAUGUUUUCAUCAAGAAAAAUUACAUGUGCAGUGUAACUAGUGUUGAAGAAGUGAGGUGAUCAAUUUAAGGUGUGUUUAUCACUUCAGUACAGUGGGCAGUACCACAUUAGAAACAGUUGUUUUCUUUUGUUUUAUCAAUAAAUGUUGAUGUCACUUCAGUAUAUUCCAUUUCUUUAGUCCCUCACGUAUUUGAAUUUUCAUCACUUGAAUUGACAUGUUCUAGUUUAUAGUCUUUUGUUUGUCCAGGAGCACAGAUGCUUUCAUGAAGAUUGUUCGCUUUGAACUAAAUUGGAAUAUGCUUUGUAGUGACUAAAAACUGUGAAUUAGAAAAAUAUGGUCAACAAUGUAAUUAGACUAAUUAUUUUUCUGUUACAUUCUCUGAGUUGAUGUAUCACAUGUUCUUAUUUCACUCGUACUUUUUGUGGCAUUUACCAGGGACUGCACUGAUAUCCUUCUCAAGUAGAAUGCAGAAUCAGAUUUGAUUUUUACAGUAACUGAAGUUUAGUACCAUGAUUUUGAUUUCAGAAUAUUAAAGUGUCUUCUCUGGGAAAAAUUCACUGUUGUGAACAAUGUA